UCCCUCGGCAGCCCCCGGGGCAAGGGUCUAGCCCGAGUGAUCUCCCCUCACCCCGGGCCGAAAGUCCGGCUGAUCCCCGGCUGGUCCUCGGGAAGGCGGGUCUCCCGCCCAGGCGCUGCGCGAGGCUCGCCAACUUGGGCUAGCAGGUUGCCUGCCGGCUCCCGGGUAUUACUAUUUAAAGAAAUCUUUUUACCAGCACAUCUAUGAUAAAAAGUACAAGUAACAAAGGACACCGCAACUGCUCUCUGUCAAGUAACAAGCAUUUAAUGCCAGAAUGGCUCACGUAAAGCGACUGGUAAAAUUGCACAUUAAAAGAUAUUACCAUAAAAAGUUCUGGAAGCUUGGCGCAGUCAUCUUUUUCUUUUUAGUAGUUUUGAUUUUAAUGCAAAGGGAAGUCAGUGUUCAGUAUUCCAAGGAGGAAUCCAAGAUGGAGAGGAACUUGAAAAACAAGAACAAAAUGUUUGACUUUAUGCUCGAAGCUGUAAACAACAUUAAAGACGCAAUGCCAAAGAUGCAAAUCGGAGCGCCUGUCAAGCAGAGCGUCGCCAUCCCCGAGAGACCCUGUUUGCAGGGGUACUACACGGCGGCAGAGCUGAAGCCCGUUCUGGACCGCCCGCCUCAGGAUCCCAAUGCACCUGGUGCUUCUGGCAGGCCUUUCAAGAUCACCCACCUCAGCCCAGAGGAGCAGAAGGAGAAAGAGCGCGGGGAAACAAAGCACUGUUUCAACGCCUUUGUGAGUGACAGGAUUUCUUUACACCGUGACCUUGGACCUGACACCCGCCCACCUGAAUGCAUUGAACAGAAAUUUAAGCGCUGCCCUCCCCUGCCUACCACCAGUGUCAUAAUAGUCUUUCACAAUGAAGCGUGGUCCACGCUGCUUAGAACUGUCCACAGUGUGCUGUAUUCUUCACCUGCAAUACUGCUGAAGGAAAUCAUCUUGGUGGAUGACGCUAGUGUAGACGACUACUUGCAUGAAAAGCUAGAGGAAUACAUAAAACAAUUUUCUAUAGUGAAAAUAGUGAGGCAGCGAGAAAGAAAGGGCCUCAUCACUGCUCGGUUGCUAGGGGCAGCCGUAGCAACCGCGGAGACGCUCACGUUUCUGGAUGCUCACUGUGAGUGCUUCUAUGGUUGGUUGGAACCUCUGCUGGCCAGAAUAGCUGAGAACCACACGGCAGUGGUGAGUCCAGAUAUUGCAUCCAUAGAUCUGAAUACAUUUGAGUUCAGCAAGCCUUCUCCAUAUGGAAGCAACCAUAACCGUGGAAAUUUUGACUGGAGCCUCUCCUUUGGCUGGGAAUCACUUCCUGAUCAUGAGAAGCAAAGAAGGAAAGAUGAAACCUACCCAAUUAAGACUCCUACCUUUGCAGGAGGCCUUUUUUCUAUAUCUAAAGAAUAUUUUGAGCACAUUGGAAGUUACGAUGAAGAAAUGGAAAUCUGGGGAGGAGAAAAUAUAGAAAUGUCAUUCAGAGUGUGGCAAUGUGGUGGGCAGUUGGAGAUUAUGCCUUGCUCUGUUGUUGGACAUGUUUUCCGCAGCAAAAGCCCUCAUACCUUCCCAAAAGGCACGCAGGUGAUUGCUCGCAACCAAGUUCGCCUUGCGGAAGUCUGGAUGGACGAAUACAAGGAAAUAUUUUAUAGGAGAAACACAGAUGCAGCAAAAAUCGUUAAACAAAAAUCAUUUGGUGAUCUUUCAAAAAGAUUUGAAAUAAAGAAACGCCUUCAGUGUAAAAAUUUUACAUGGUACCUGAAUACUGUUUAUCCAGAAGUGUAUGUACCAGACCUUAAUCCUGUUAUAUCUGGAUAUAUUAAGAGCAUUGGUCAACCUCAGUGUCUGGAUGUUGGUGAAAAUAACCAGGGAGGGAAACCGUUGAUCCUGUACACGUGCCAUGGACUCGGCGGAAACCAGUACUUUGAGUAUUCUGCUCAGCGUGAAAUCCGGCACAACAUCCAGAAGGAGUUAUGUCUUCAUGCUACUCAGGGUGUCGUCCAGCUGAAGGCCUGUGUCUAUAAAGGUCACAGGACAAUCGCCCCCGGAGAACAGAUAUGGGAGAUUCAGAAGGAUCAACUUCUAUAUAAUCCAUUAUUUAAAAUGUGCCUUUCAGCAAGUGGAGAGCAUCCACACUUAGUGCCAUGUGACCCAUCAGACGUACUCCAAAAAUGGAUUUUUAGCCAAAACAAUUAAGUGUUCCUUAAAGUUAAGGAGUUGAAAAGGACAUACUCUUCCUCAUAAAACUGUGACUAGGCAUACACUGUAGUUGUUGAAAAUUAUGCAAAAGCAGCUAAUUGUAACUUAUUCCAAGUGCAUUUUCCUUAUUUAUGUCUUAAGAUGUCUAUGUAGUACUGCUGCAGAAAUCCUGGGGGUUUCUGUCUGGAAACAGAGCAACUAGAAAUACCAAAGACUAUUCUGAAAUGUCCAGAUGUAGAAGAGAGAUGUUUACAGUAUGAAGAAAAUAAUUUUCCUAGUAAAGUGAUGUGUGUUUGUACACUUGAGGAUAUGCAUAGCUACAUCCGCACAUUCACAGCUUAAUAUGUUUCCCUGAAUUUUAGGGGGAAUAGAAAAAGAUUUGAUACUGUAUUUUUAUAACUAUAUAGAAAUGGAUCAAUGAAGGUCAGCCAUUGGCCUUUCUGUACACACCAGGAAAUUUUUAUAGAUCUAGAAUUUAUUGUUUUAAAAUCCAGGUAAACUUUUGUUGUCUUCUGUUUACUUGUCUGUUGAAUAUUUCCUUGAACAUGAAGUUGAAUAUGGAGAGGACUAUUUUUAACAUUGAAAUUUUUAGAAAAUUUACAGAUCUUUUUUUAAUCUGAAGCCCACUCCUCCUGAUGCACAGGUGUCUUCCCCAAACGGCUUUUCUGAAGUGGCUACAUUGUGUGUUUUCCCAGAGCACUUUAAAAAAAAAAAAAAGACAAAAAAACUUUAUAAAUUAUUAGCUAUGGCUACAAGGGUUCCCUUUUUCCUUUCUAGUAGUCUUAUUUUCUUAGCAAAAUUCACUAAUCUUGAAUAUUUAUAAUACUGAAUUUCAAUAUACUUGACUCAAUUCUAGAUGUCGUUAUUGAUUCAUUAUAUAGAAUGUCUUUACAAGGAUUUUUCUCAUAAAAAAAAAUAGCCUUACUUUUAUCUACGUGGAAAACACAAUAAAAAAGAACCCUGAACACUA